GCCCGGAGAGUAAUAUAGAAUAAGCGGCGAAAUUUCCCAAAACUGACCUCCAAAUCCGACAAGGUUAACGGAGGCAGGGAGAAGGGAGGAGCUGCGACGGUAGGAUUCUGGUUAACUACAUCAUUUGUGGCUAUUUGUUUUUCUUACAAGAAUCAUUUGAAGCAAAUUAUAUCAAAUAGGAUACAAAAAAGAAAGAAAGUUUCAGGAGCUGUGGGUUACUGACAAUUAUACCCAGUUACAAAGAAACUGAAAAUUUUCAUAAGUAAAAGAUAGGAGUGGGCCACUUUUACUUUCAGAUGCUUCUGUCUGCCUUCCUAUUAUUGGGUGUUUAUGGAUUGUUAUAAUUUGAAAUAAUCUGUGAGCACCAGACUGCUAUACAUCUUGAUCUGAUGGAACGAGCAGCUAACUUGAAUGGACAUGAGUAUAUAAUUGGUAUAUCAGAGAGCAAUGAUGUUUCAACCUCUCUCUCUUCCCAAACUGACGACAGUAACUCACAUGGAACAUUUGGCCAAGAUAACCCUUCAAUAAACACAGGGACUCCUGUCUCCCAAUUAGCUUUAUUCUCACAAAAUGUAUCUAAUUCAACAAAUUCUUCUUUGACAAGAACUGAUAAUCAUCAUCGUCGAAAUAGAGGUCCAUUGAAUUCUGGAUUGUGGAUUACAGUUGAGCUUGUUGCUAAUGUAAGCCAAAUUAUAGCUGCUAUCAUUGUGUUAUCAUUGUCAAGACAUGAGCAUCCCCGAACUCCAUUAUUUGUGUGGAUCAUAGGGUAUACAGCAGGCUGUGUUUCCACACUUCCAUAUCUUUGUUGGCGCUACCUUUAUGUCAGCUCUCAGACACCUGAUCAAGAUCCAGCACAUUCUAAUCAGGGUGCUACAGGGAACAACCAUCCUGAGUCUAGUGUCUAUGCUGAUAGAGUCAUCACACGCAAUCCACCAGAAGAAAAUGGUCACAAUCCAUCAUUUGAGUUGGGGCAAACUGUAAUCACUAGUCCAAGGAUAAAUGCAAUAGUUGGAAAUUUCAAGACAGCCUUGGAUUGUUUCUUUGCUGUGUGGUUUGUUGUUGGAAAUAUCUGGGUUUUUGGUGGGCAUUCAUCUUCCCAUGAUGCCCCUAACUUGUAUAGGUUAUGUAUUGUCUUUCUUGCAUUCAGUUGUAUCGGAUAUGCCUUACCUUUCCUUCUAUGUACAAUGAUUUGUUGUUGCUUGCCGUGCUUCAUAUCUAUCAUGGGCAUGAGAGAUGAUACACCUCAUGGAAGAGGUGCUACCUCAGAAUCAAUUAAUGAACUGCCAAGUUACAAGUUCAAAUCAAGGAGGCAGAAAAGUAGAGGGAAUUCAGAUUUUGAUAGCCAUUCAAGUGGUGGCAUACUGGCUGCUGGUACUGAUAAGGAGCGCACUAUUUCUGCUGAAGAUGCUGUCUGUUGCAUUUGCCUAUCAAAAUAUGUUGACAAUGACGAGCUGCGUGAACUUCCGUGCACUCAUUUUUUCCACAAAGAAUGCGUGGACAAGUGGCUCAAGCUAAAUGCACUUUGUCCCCUCUGCAAAGCUGUUGUAGGGGCCACCAGUUCACAACCAUCAGUUACAGAUACAGGAAUUCAUCAUUAUGCAGGAUUGACAGAGGUAUAGAUGCAAUAUGUGCUCAUUUUUGGCCAGGCAAGAUACACAAGCACGCAUAUGGAAGUGGAAAGCUUGAGCAAGCCCAUGGAUAUACAUGUACACUGAUUUGGCAGCUGAGUUGGGUGUGACAGUUUUUUUUUAUGUACUUGUGUAUGUAUAUAAAAUUUCCAGCAAAUUGUAUUUAGAUCCAAUCACAGUGUAUCUCCAUUUAGGUUGAAUAUACUUUAGGUGGAAAGACAGACAAGGGAGGAAGAGAAGGGAAAGUGAUACAAAAAACGUAUACUAGUGAUUCAUGCUCUAUAUGCUAUUUUUUGAGCCUCUCUAUCUCCCUCAAGCUUUAGAUGGAUAUUAUUAUACACCUUGAAAAGAUUGAUGCAUUCUGUAAAAUCUUAAAAUUGAAUGUGAAGUUGCACAGAACUAGCAAACUGAUCA